AGGAGCAGAGAUGCAAAAGAUGGCCGAGGUUGGUAAUGAUGGUGACCAAAAAAUAGCAGACAAAGAUGAUUUACAAGUGUUAAAGGACCUGGUAGAUGAACUUUACUUCUUUAGAGAUCAUUACUUUGAGACGCACAGCCUUGAAAAUGCUGGUAGGAAACAGAAUGAUGUCGCUCAAGAAAUGGCAAAAACACUUCGGAAGUUGGAGGAAAAGGAGGACCAAUAUAAACACAAUGCACAGUUCCUGCAGCUGCGGGGUCGUUGUCUGAAUGUUGCCCCGGAGUUCAGUCAGGCCGCAGAAGAGUCUCUGUCGCGGGCUGUUAAACUGGAACCAGGUUUGGUUGAGGGUUGGAACACAUUAGGAGAGCAGUACUGGAAAAAGGGAGACUUGACGGCAGCCAAGACCUGCUUUACAGGUUCACUGCAGCAGAGUAAGAAUAAAGUGUCUCUGAGAAGCCUCUCUAUGGUGCUGAGACAGUUGCAACCAGAAGAGGGCGCACAGGAGCAGAGCAAACGCAUUUUAGAGAGCGUGGAGCUGGCUAGACAAGCGGUGCAACUUGACGUCACUGAUGGGACAUCUUGGUAUAUUUUGGGGAAUGCAUAUAUUUCCAUGUUCUUCACCAGUGGACAGAACCCACAGCUCUCUCAACAGGCCCUCAAUGCGUAUGCACAGGCAGAAAAAGUUGACAAAGCAUCCGCACUGAAUCCUGACCUCCACUUCAACAGAGCAACGUUAUUUCAGUAUGAGGAGAUGUUCAGUUCAGCUUUGGAUGGAUAUAGUCGGGCUGCAGCCCUUGAUCCUGGCUGGGAAGAACCUCUGGAGAGAGAAAAACUGCUUUUGAAUUACCUAGAACAGAUUACAACAUUACAAGAAACCAAGGGAAAAGUAAAAGCACGGCGUCUGCGUAACAUGCUCGCUUCUCUCAGCAACUCCACCCUGGGCCCAUGCUCUUCCCCUCAGUUCCGUUCUCCUUCAGGCCAUGUGGGAAGUAUUGAAGCCCGCAGCCUCUCUGCUCUCACCCACGGCCACAACGCUCUUGUAGCUGCCAUAGGAAAAGUGGUCUUCAGCUUCGCCUCAGAGGGUCGUAUGGCCUUUACAUUUGGCAUGGUGGACAUUGAAGAGACCUGUUGUGUGGUCAUGGUGUACAACACAGCAGACAACUGGGGUGUUUUAAUAGGAGAUACUGUUGUCAUUCCCGAACCACAGGUCAAACGGCACAGCGUAACGCAUAAAGUUAAGAAAGUUUAUGACUUCCGAAGUAUACGUGUGGACUCUCCCUUGCUCCUCGUUGUAAAUGGGAAAAGACAAGUUUUGAAGAGCCAAAGUGCAGCCUUUGUUACUUACAAACCACAGAGUGAAUGAUUACUCAUUGAGAGUAAUGAGGGUGGUGUUUUCUUCUGUUUGUAUAUAUUGUAAUGUUUCAUGAAGAUUCUGUUUGUGAUACAUUUUGUAUAUAUUUUUCAAAUUUCCUUUUUAAUUUACCUUUGUGUUGAACUUUAUUUGUAAGAAUGUGCUGCUGUUUAUUUAUGUACAUUUUGUGUCUUAUUUGGGUUGUGAAAAUAAAACACUCACAAGGU